AUGAGGAAUAAUGCAUGCUCGACCUCUUCUCGUCCUUCAUUUGAGAACACUUUCGAAAGAGUGCUUCAGUUCGCUUUUGACCCCAAGGACCAUAAGGAUGUAUUUAUUUUGCCGAUGUUAAACGCCAGAGAUUCAUCUAAAGAAAAAUUCAAAAUUUCUUUGGACUUGUGCAUAUCAGGCAUGAAACCUGGUCAGAAAAAAUUAAGAAAAUUGAUGAGAGUCGCGAAAAAUGGAGUCACAAGAAUCAGGCUUCGUGAAAAUAAGGGCCGAGGCAAACAGUUCAACACAAUCUUACAAGCAUUGAAUUAUUUUUGCACCCAUACAACUCUUCAUGGUCUUCGUCACAUCGUUGAUCCUGAAUUACACGUAAUCGAGCGAUUCCUGUGGCUCGUAGUGUUCGUAGUGUCUUCCACAAUCGCUAGCAACGUGAUUUACUCACUAGCGCUUAGAUUCCAGGAUGCGCCAACGUCGAUUGGCAUCGAAUCGAUGCAUUAUGAGACUUCAAAUAUACCUUUUCCGAGCGUGACCCUUUGUCCGAAUGACCGCGUCGAUUGGAAUCGAGCCCUCGAGCUCGAACCAAGGAUUUUCCCUAAUGAUACGGAUAAGGCAAGUCUCGAAACUUUUCGGAAAAUAUUAGGCAAGCUUUCCGUAAUGAGCUUUGGGGAUUUCGAUGAUCUGGAUUUUCUGAAGAAUAAAAAUAUUCAUAAUUUCGCAGAUAUCAACAUAACUCAAGUGCUGUACGAGGUAAUGCCACGCUGCGACCAAUUGCUGUCCGCCUGUUGGUGGCGUAACGCUAAUCGUAAUUGCUGCGAGAUCUUCCAGGUGCAGAAGACCGAAUACGGUUUCUGUUAUUCGUUCAAUUCUGAAGUAGCGCAGACACCUCCGAUGAAUCUUAUGGAAUCGCGACCACGAAGAGCGUCUGGCUACGGCGACUGGACCGGUGUCAAAGUUACGAUUCAUCUGGAAAACAUAACGAAGCCACCAAAUUCCGAAGAGAUUAGUGGCGUCUUAGUGAUAAUAAAUGAGCCCCACGUCUGGCCUAACAGUGGUACUAUGAUACCGUCGGGUUCGCUGAUCAGCAUAUCUUUAGAAUGUGUUUCCGGAUACGCUACUCAGCGAGUUCUCGAACUAGACAAGGACAAACAACCGUGCCAAUACGAUGAGACCGGCGUGUACAAUCAGGAGACUUGUCUAUCGCUUUGCAAACGUCACUGGGCCGCCAAGUAUUGCGAUUGCAAUCCAUCCUUUUUUUUCCCCGCAACCACCCGUUUUCGCGACUGCACCAUCGAGGAUUUCAUCUGUCUGAUCGAGUAUAAUGAUUUGUUCAACGACUACAUUGUUCACUUUGGCGACGAGUACCCACACGACAUUCCUAGCAUGAUUUGCAACUGCUUGCCGGAAUGCGACUACUACGUCUACAGUACCCAGUUUUCUAACGUGCCACUACAUAACAUGAAUGACAUUACGCUGGACGUGCACUACAUAGGGCAAACUAGUUUCCGCUAUAAAACGGACAUAGUUAUCACACAAAUGGACCUUCUCGUAUCUUUCGGCGGCAUAAUCGGCUUGUUCCUAGGCGGCUCACUGCUCAGCGCUGUCGAGCUAGUUUAUUAUCUGGUGGUAGCGGUGUUUUCGUCUCUACGAUCACGACAGAGAACUGAAGAAGAGCGAAGAAUUCGAUCGAGCGUGACGCACGUCCAUACAACGGUGCUGCCCAUUCUGGAUUACAACCCUCUGAAACCGCGGGCGAGGAGGAUACCAAUUUUCACGAAUUACGGUCUCGCAGAAUUGAAUUUGAACAGAUAUUGA